AUAGCCAUGUCUUCCAGCUCAGCGAUGGUGCGGAUCCUGAUCAAGGGCGGCAAGGUGGUGAACGACGACUGCACCCAGGAGGCAGAUGUCUACAUUGAGAAUGGCAUCAUCCAGCAGGUGGGGAAGGAGCUGAUGAUCCCAGGUGGGGCCAAAGUGAUCGACGCCUCGGGUAAACUGGUCCUACCCGGGGGCAUCGACACCAGCGUCCACUUGGAGGAGAGCUUCAUGAACGCCACCACGGCAGAUGACUUCUACAGCGGCACCAAGGCUGCUUUAGCUGGUGGUACAACAAUGGUGAUUGGACACGUCCUGCCAGAGAAGAAUGAGUCUUUGCUGGAAGCCUACGAGAAUUGUCGCAGCUCAGCGGACUCCAAAAGCUGCUGUGACUACGCUCUGCACGUGGGAGUUACUUGGUGGGGACCCAAGGUGCGGGCUGAGAUGGAGAAGCUGGUGAGGGAGAAAGGAGUGAAUUCCUUUCAGAUGUUCAUGGCCUAUAAGGACAUGUACAUGCUGAGGGACGGUGAGCUCUUCCAAGCCCUGCAGCACUGUAAGGAUAUUGGCGCCAUAGCAAGGGUCCAUGCUGAGAAUGGAGAACUGGUGGCAGAGGGUGCAAAGGAAGCACUGGACCUGGGCAUCAGUGGCCCCGAGGGGAUUGAAAUCAGCAGGCCUGAAGAGUUGGAAGCAGAGGCGACUCACAGGGCAAUAACCAUCGCCAACAGGGCCCACUGCCCGAUCUAUCUUGUCAGUGUGUCCAGUAUGCAUGCAGGAGAUGUGGUGGCUACAGCUAAGAUGCAGGGCAAGGUGGUUCAUGGGGAAACCACCACGGCCCACACUGUGCUGAACGGUAUGCAGUACUAUCAUCAGGACUGGUCCCAUGCUGCUGCCCAUGUUAUCGUGCCUCCUCUCCGUCUGGAUCCCAGUACACCUAAUUUCCUAAUGAGCUUGCUGGGAAAUGACACCCUGAAUGUUGUUGGGUCCGACCACCGUCCUUUCACCAUUAAACAGAAGGCCAUGGGCAAGGAUGAUUUCACAAAGAUCCCCCAUGGUGUUCCUGGCAUUCAGGACCGUAUGAGCGUCAUCUGGGAGAAAGGAGUGAUUGGAGGUAAAAUGGAUGAAAAUCGCUUUGUAGCAGUCACAAGCUCGAACGCAGCCAAGAUCUACAACCUCUACCCAAGGAAAGGCAGGAUCAUCCCGGGAGCAGAUGCUGAUGUGGUAGUCUGGGACCCCGAGGGAUCCAAGACCAUUUCUGUGGAUAACCAGUUCCAGGGAGGAGAUGUGAACCUGUAUGAAGGUCUUCGUUGUCACGGUGUGCCCCUGGUCACCAUCAGCCGCGGGCGUCUGGUCUAUGAAAAUGGCAUGUUCACGUGUGCUGAGGGCUCUGGAAAGUUUUGCCCACUGAGAACCUUCCCAGAUUACCUUUACAAGAAGAUGGUUCAGAGAGAAAAGUGCCAGGCGGUUAAAGCUGUGGAGCGAGAACCCUACACAGGUGAUGUCGUCGCAGUGCUGAACUCAGGAAAGAGGGACUUUGGAGUUCAAGACGUGGACACUCCGACACGCCCCUGCACCCGGCACGGAGGUAUGAGGGACCUGCAAGAAUCCAGCUUCAGCCUGUCUGGUGCCCAGAUCGAUGACAACAUUCCAAAGAGAUCCUCGGCCAGGAUCCUCGCUCCGCCCGGAGGAAGAUCCAGCGGGAUCUGGUAA